AGAUUUAAAAUUAUUUACUGAGUCCCUGACUUGAAAUGUCGAGCUGCUGUUGAAGAAAUCAAUCUGAUAUGAACAAAUACUUCUGUAAAAUAAUUAAGUCAUGAUUGGAAGACGACUAUAAAAGUCUCCAUGAACUCUGUUAAAACUCCAGAGGGCUCUGUAGUCAUUUAUCUGUUUGUCCUGAAGAUGUACCGUUAAUGAGUCAGCGGUCGUUGCGUUAUUCUGGGCGUCUGUGGGAGGAAAGUAGCCGACGUUUAAUCCCCUGCAGGGUGUAAACAGGCCACACUGGGCUAUAGGUAAACUCACCCCACCUCUGCACAGUCCGACACACUGCAGAGGAGGCUGAAGCGUCAACACAACACACUCCCUGCUAGCUUUAGCUUCAUGGAUUAGCACCGACUUGGAGGAGGGGUUUUUUGUCAGUUUUUGGUCGAUAAAGAAGAUAAAAUGUGUUGCGGGACAAAUGCGGCGCACGUCUGAAGACUUUUACGGAGCUACGAAGCCACGACACGGCGGGGAAAGUCGUGGCCGGCUGUGAGCUACAGGGCCAGGAGCAUGACUGAGCAGCAGGAGCAGAGUGAAGAAACAGGCCUGCUCACAACACAGGACCUGGAACCCUCCAAGGACGACGACACACACGGCCACUUCAGGUUUCAGCUGAUUGAAGACCUGUCUUAUGAAGAUGUGAAAAAAUGUUACCGGGGCUCGACUGUCAGCAAGUACAACUCGCAGUACCACAAACUCUUCCAGUGCGUGCCCAAGGAUGAGAUCCUCAUGAAAGUGUACUCCUGUGCUCUUCUAAGAGACAUCCUUCUACAAGGCCGGCUCUACAUUUCCAGAAACUGGCUGUGUUUCUAUGCCAACCUCUUCGGCAAGGACAUCAAGGUGGCUAUCCCUGUUGUUUCCGUGAGACUGGUGAAGAAGCACAAAACAGCGGGCCUUGUGCCUAAUGGCUUGGCUAUCACCACAGACACUGGCCAGAAGUAUGUAUUUGUGUCUCUGCUAUCAAGAGACAGUGUAUAUGACGUCCUCCGCAGGAUCUGCACACACCUACAGGUCAAUGGGAAGAGUCUGAGUUUGAAGCAGUUCAUGGAGGAGCCGACCUUACUGCUGGACGAGUUCCCGGCUCCAGACGAGUUCCCAGUGGUCGACGAAUUCCCAUCAGUGUUAAAGUGGAGAAGGAAACCCUCAGUGGUGUCUGUGUCCUCCUCCCUUCCUGACCUCCUGGGGAACUCCACCAGCAGCCUGAGUGCCGCAGACACACCCUUCAAAUCAGAGCAACCGCUGGAAGAGCGAGCUCUGCAGACAGACAGAGGCCUUCUAUCAGAGCCAGUGGCAGAGCUUGGACAGAUGGAGUACCAGCUGCUCAAGUUCUUCACCCUGCUUAUUAUUCUCCUCAUCCUGUCAUCGUGCUACCUGGCCUUCCGUGUCUGCAGUCUGGAGCAGCAGCUCUCAUUCCUCAGUAACCCAAAUCUGCCCUUGAGAGAGAGGUAACCACUGCUCCUCGUGAUGACCCGUUGGUUUGGCUGCUGUUUACUCUUCUUACACUGGGAGUUGUUGACGACGCUCUCCUGCACAGAUCCGGGACCAGCGUAGAGCCCAGAACAGAACAACCCCGCACCAGCCGCAUCACACGAAGGAGCAACAUCAACCCGACUCUAGGCUUCUUAACAGACCUUCCCAACGUGGGAUUUAGUGAUCACUUCCAGACUAUGCAAACAGACUGUCUAUUUAUUCCUUAAUACACAGUAGGUUUUACUGUAGAUUAUGAUUGUCUACCAUUUCAUCUUAAACUACAUGACACUGCAGUGGAGAGAGAGAGAGAUCCUAAAAUAGUGAGCAGAUUGCAGUUGAACAUGAAGCUUUUGUACUGUUGAUGGAGACUAGAGGUGAGGUGGGUGUUGGAAGGUGGAAAAGUAAGAGAUAAUUCAACAGAUAAAUUAUUACUUGAAGACUUGAAACUAAAAGUAAACAUAUUUCAUUUCAGUUGUGGAGUUAUCAGCCAUGACUCAUCCAUAAACUCCCCCAGAUAUCCUGAAUGACUACAAAUGAACUCAACCAAAUGGAUGUUUUUUUGUUUUUUUUUUCUGGUGAGCUCUUGCCACAGCCCUCAGUAGUAAGGCUAAAACUAGCUGCGACAUUGCACUUUUUAAAAUAUGUCCAUGUAUGUAACAAUUUUUAGAUCUAUUUUUGCUUGAUGAUAGGUACUCAGUUGUCAUUUCUGAAGGUAUUUAUGGAAGGAAGCAAUGUUUCGACCACAGACGCCUGACUGAAUAAGAUUACCUAACUGUGAGAUACUGGAGUGAUAACACCACUUGUAUGUGUUAACUAUAAUGUGAACAGGAUGGUUAGAUGAUAUGUAUAAUUUUUAUUUUUAGAUGCACUAAUCUGCUGUGUCAAAGGAGUGUCCAGGGUGUUUUUUUCUUUUAUACAUUUCAAAUGAAGGACUUAAAAAUGACUCACUGAGUGUACAUGUUAUCAUAUCUUUGUCUGAGGACGUUACACUGAUUUUGCAGACAUGAAUGAAAUGUAGUCCUAGACUAGUUUGUGAAAUCCCUAAUAAUUAAAUUGACAACAAAG